AACAACCAAGUUUAGCAGACACUGAGUCUAAUCUCACAUUCCGCAGGUAUUCUGCUCAGAUUGCCUUCCCGUUUGUUCGCAAGCAUCACCCCACUUGAGAUACCAAGCUUCACUGGAUGAUCAUGGCGGCCAACGCGGAAGAUGGAUGGGAAACUGCUUCAGACAGCGGAGAGGAGCUCGAUUCUCAAACCGAACAGGAGAAUACCUCCGAGACCGACGCUACAGUCACAUCGAGGCCCCAGGCGAAAGAAAUCGGUCAAGAUGUCGAGCGUAUCGACGAGGUUUUACGCAACAAACCAAAUCUCAAAUUUGGAUUCGUCAUAUACCGCUGCUGCGCCUACGACAACCAAGAGAAGUGGGAUCGCUUCAUGAAGAAGCUGAGGAGGCGAACGCGUCUGAAUCUUAGGGACGAGAACGCCGAACACCUCUACGAGCGCAUCGAUUGGUGCGUCCAGGAGGAUGUCGAGCUUGCUGAGUGCAGUGUGGCAAAAGUCCGAAGACGAUUCAAGAAAUGGAUCGAGGAAAGUGGAGAAGAACAAUAUUGGCUGCCCACUUCACGAUUUCUGGCCUGUGUAAUGGUGGACAGACACGACCUGAAAUCUGUAUUGAAAGGCCCCUCUGCGGAAGAGUUCGAUGCGGAAGGUUAUGGGAGUGUCACGCUGAUAUCGCUGGAUAAGAACGAAGGGCACAUGUCAGUAGGGAUGUCAUACCUCAUACCGCGGGUGUAUACGCUCUUGGAAAGUUGCGGAUGGGAGAAUUUCGCAGUGGGGGAUACAGAUGUGGCAUGUCCGUGAAAGGGCGGGUUCCAGCGAACUUCCAUCGCCUGGGAGUUGGUGAAUACCAGGAGAUAUUGCGACACGUAACAACUUGUAGGAUGG